AUUGUCACAAUUGAAGGAAAAAUUGACGAAUUAAAUAAGAAAUUGGAAUUGAUGGAAUCCAGAAUUACCAAAAAUCUAAAACUUGAAUUAAGAGCAAUUGUAGGAAACAGUAUGAGAGAUAUUCUCGAAGAGUCAAUCAGCGAACAUGACAGAAAAAUAUCGACCCAAAUCAACGAAUCCGUCCUGAAUAAUACGCAACAAAUGGCGGAAAAACUAGAAGCUAUGUUCCAACAAAAUGACGAAUUAGUUGAAAAGCUGGAGUGUCUACACAUGAAAAAUUCAAAGCUUGACACCGAUCUGAACGCAGUGAAGGCAAGCCAAAAUUUUAUUAACGCAGAGUUCGAAAUUCAAAAGGACUACCUAAUGAAGCUUGAUCAAAUGGUUAAAGAUCUAUCUGAAAGCAACAAAAGCCUGUUGAGUUUGUGCACUACCCUUCAAAAGCGUUUUGAUACUGAGCUGGAAGACCUUGCUCAGUAUGUACGAAGAGAAAAUCUGGAAUUUCAUGGAAUUCCAUUUAAGAAUGAUGAAAAUACAGACAGGAUUAUAGUGGAUCUGGGCAGACGAUUAGGCAUCACUGUUGAGAGACUUGACCUAUCCAUAUCACAUCGAAUCCCAAGAAAAGAUGGCUCUAACACUGGACCUAUAAUUGUUCGCUUUACCAACAGAAACAUAAGAAAUCAGUUCAUAGCCAAAAAGUACGACACCACCAAAAUUAAAGAUUUCGGCAUCGCAGAUCCCUAUCAACAUAUAUAGUGAGCAUGUUUUCAAGUAGAUAUAUGCAGCUGCCUUGCAUGCUAAACAGAUAUCAGAGAAGAGAACUUCAAACAGGAGACUGACAGGAAAAGAAAUUUAGUGUUCAAUCAUUCUGCAGCAUUUUGUAAACAGGAGUUUGAAAAGAAAGCUGACCAAUUCAAUCAGAUUUUCAAAGUCGAUAUGGGAGGAAAAGUAUUUGUUUGUGGAAAACGAGAGUAGGCCACAAUGUGUGUGAGAUGACUGCAGUUUUCAAAUUGGAUGGCAACUUGCCAAGUUUAGGUUGUUGCAGAAUCUCAUUCGAAGUUGGUGGUAUAUUAUCAGCUAUGUAGUUCAAGAAGACAGAUGGGGAUGUUAUCUUGACCAAGCUGACACAAUGGUACUGAAAACUGAGGCUGUGGAUCUUUUAAAUAUUUUCAAAAGCGAACUCAUCUUUGCUUGUAUAUUUUCAUAUAUGCGUGUAUACAUAUAUUCAUGGUUUAU